AUGGCGUUCCCUGUGUCUGAGGAGUUUUUGCACUAUGCAUCAGGUGUCUUCCAACCAUACCCUCUAGAGGACUUCGACAAACGAAUCAUCUACUGGCACGUCGUCCGGUUAAUUGGAUGGGGUCAAGCAGAAGACGGAUCUCAUUAUUGGACUGCCAUCAACAGCUUUGGUGAACAUUGGGGAGACUCAGCAGCCGCCGGUGUAGCAUCAGAUCGAGCCUGUAUCAAGUCGAAUGGCACGUUUCAAGCUUCACUGAGCGAAGAGGACGUGCUCGGUUGCUGUGCGGUCUGUGGCAACUGCUACGGUGGCGACCCGCUGAAGGCGCUCGUCUACUGGGUGAACGAAGGCAUUGUGACAGGUGGACGAGACGGUUGCCGACCAUAUUCGUUCGAUCGGUCUUGUGGUGUGCCCUGUUCACCAGCCACCUUCUUUGCCGCGGAGAAAAAUCGAAUAUGCGUACGUCGAUGUCAAGAUAUCUACUAUCAGAACAAAUAUGACGAGGACAAACACUAUGCAUCGCUAGCAUACUCUAUGUACCCUCGAAGUAUGACGGUCAGCAGCGAUGGCAAAGUCAGAGCACAGGUUCCAACUAUAAUCGGUCACCUCAACGAAACGUCAUCUACUCCUAUGGAUCUAGUUCAAAUUCGUAAUAUUUUGAAGAAAGAAAUCUCUUUAUUCGGCCCUACGACAAUGGCGUUCCCUGUGUCUGAGGAGUUUUUGCACUAUGCAUCAGGCGUCUUCCAACCAUACACGCUAGAGGACUUCAGACAAACGAAGUCAUCACUGGACGUCGGUACCUUCAAAAUUAAUGCCGACUGGAUGGAAAAAUAUGGUCUGGAAUAUGAAGCUGCCCUAGUAUAA